CUCCUAACAACCGAAACCGUCGAAAACUUGUUUCCUAAAAUCCCAUUACCCAACAUUCUCUUCAGCUCCCAAGCUUUCUCUGUCUUCCCUAGGGUUUCUAUCUCUCUCUAACCCUCCCUAAUCACCAUCACAAGCCCCUAACCUCUCUCUAUCUCUCUGAUAAUCAGAGAUUAAACUCAAACCAAGUCCUUUAUGGACAACUCCAACAUUCCCUCCUUAGGUCCCCAAUCACAACUCAGACCUCCUUCUUCAUCUUCUUCUUCACAGCUCAAUCUUCCACCUACAAUGUCCAAACCCACUCUCCCUCUCCAACCCAAAACCCCAAAUCGCCACGUAGACCUCAUGAGCAGUCUCAAUUACCACCCGUCGCCAUCGCGCGCCAUCUACAGUGACCGGUUCAUUCCAAGCCGAUCUGGGUCUAAUUUCGCUCUCUUUGACCUGUCUCCGACCACGAAUUCCUCCUCGGAGGAGUCGAACAAUGCGUAUACGACUCUGUUAAAGACCGCAUUGUUCGGUCCGGACUCGGUGGUGGGUCCUCCGGGAACACCCGAUAAGGCUGUGGGAUUGAAUGGGAAGAAUUUGCAUCUUAGUCCUCCGACUCGUAAUAUUUUCCGGUACAAGACCGAGACGAGACAGUCUUUGCAGUCUUUAUCCCCUUUUGGGUUUGAUGAUCAGUUGCCUGGGGUUAGUCAUAGCCCUGUUAAAACUCCAAGAAAGGUUCCUAGGUCGCCUUAUAAGGUUCUGGAUGCACCUGCAUUGCAAGAUGAUUUCUAUCUGAAUCUUGUUGACUGGUCUUCGCAUAAUGUGUUAUCUGUGGGGUUGGGUAACUGCGUUUAUUUAUGGCAUGCUUCUAGUAGCAAGGUGGUAAAGUUGUGUGACUUGGGAAUUGACGAUAGCGUUUGUUCAGUUGGUUGGGCUCAGCGAGGCACACAUCUUGCUGUGGGGACUAGCAAUGGCAAACUUCAGAUUUGGGAUGCCUCUUGCUGUAAGAGGGUAAGAACUAUGGAUGGACAUCGAUUACGUGUCGGGGCACUAGCCUGGAGUUCAUCCCUGUUGUCUUCAGGUAGCCGGGACAAGAGUAUCCUUCAACGAGAUGUACGUGCACAGGAAGAUUUUGUCAGUAAACUAUCUGGGCACAAAUCAGAGGUUUGUGGAUUGAAGUGGUCAUAUGAUAAUCGUGAGUUGGCAUCUGGUGGAAAUGAUAAUAGGCUUUUCGUUUGGACCCAACAUUCAACACAACCUGUGCUGAAAUACUGUGCACAUACAGCUGCUGUAAAAGCAAUUGCAUGGUCCCCUCAUCUUCAUGGACUCCUAGCUUCUGGCGGUGGUACUGCUGACCGAUGCAUUCGUUUCUGGAACACCACCACUAACUCACAGCUUAGCUGCAUGGACACUGGCAGUCAGGUAUGCAAUCUUGUGUGGUCUAAGAAUGUCAAUGAACUUGUUAGCACCCACGGUUACUCCCAAAACCAAAUUAUAGUUUGGAGAUAUCCUACAAUGUCCAAGCUGGCAACUCUUACUGGCCAUACAUAUAGAGUUCUUUACCUUGCCAUCUCACCAGAUGGACAGACAAUUGUGACAGGAGCAGGAGAUGAAACUCUUAGGUUCUGGAAUGUGUUCCCUUCUCCUAAAUCUCAGAACACUGAAAGUGAAAUUGGAGCAUCAUCUCUUGGAAGAACUCAGAUCCGGUGAAUGCUGAAGACCCUUAGUGACUGUAUUGCCAAGCAUUUGGAGUUCCUUGUGCUGUUGCAUGAAGGUCAGACUCACAGUCCAUCACUGUCACGUCUCAAAAUGUAAUGUAGCAAAAGCGCAACAAUCUGCUUGGCCACGUAUAGCCAGAAAAUUUGGUGGAAGCUAGAAGCUGAGAUGUGGGGUGGCUGGGUAAAUUAUCUGUGUUCUCUUGCAAAUUGGUGAUUUGAUUUAUUUACUUUUUUCUGAUAUAUUUAUAGAUGUACGGAGGGAGGUGUUAUCUAAUGCUCUAUAACUCCUCCUUUGCAUUCGGAGGAGAUUACUAUGUUAUAAAACUCAAGCUGUAGAGCAGCACCAUGUUCUUUUUGUAAAUAAAUAUUAUUUUCUUUAGUUAGUGAUGAA